AUGGCUAUGCCUCCGGAGGACAUAGAUGGCGGUUGUGGCGGUGUGGACUGUUCGUCGCGCCCACGUACUACCAUGGAGAUCAAGACGGUGCUCACGACUGUCAUCUCAGGAUCUCGGUACCUUGUGCAUCCGCAAACAUCUCGCCGCAAGAUCAUCUUUUCAGCACUAACGCGCAAGCAGGGCACAAUCCAGGAAACAAUCAAGCCAGAUGUCAUCAUCCCGGUCACCGUGCUUGAACCAGAGCAGCUGUACUACCACCUUGAGGGAACCCUUCGACUCUUUGACUUUUACGAUGACGUCUUCACCCCCGAGUUUGGCAACAUUCUGAUUGAGAAACCGGGCGGAAACUCCGGCGUGGCAGUUUCGUCUAUAGGCAAUGGCAAGUCGGUGAUGCGCUUGCGGAACGACAGCCUUGCUGCCGCGAAGCGUUCCGUGUCUGAUUUACCUGCGGGGCCGUAUAUCUUGCAUGGGCCGAAUGUCCAUCAGGCAUGGAAGAUAUAUAACGAUACACUAGAUGCCUUUGCUUUCGGUGUCUACCCCGAACGCGUUGACGAGAUAGAUUCAUUUCAAGUGCUCCAGCUUCCCGCCGAUCGUGAAACCAACUACACUUCCAUCCCGGUUCCCUCAAAACUCUACAGCACUGUGCCUCCCGAGCAGGCUCCUCUUAAGGGUUACCGCUUCACUAUCCCAGACUCCAUGUCCCUCAAGGGCAUUCCGACGACCUUCUCCAGCAGCGCGUGGAACGACCUGCACAACAACACGGCUGACUCGACUGCAGCAUUCGCCAAGAGGCUCAUAGACCUCGGGGCUACGAUUGUCGGCAAGACCAAAUCCUCGCAGUUUGGUUCCGGGAGAGAGUGGACAGAUGUGGCAUCUCCAAAGAAUCCGAGAGGAGACGGGCAUCAGGAUCCCGCGGGAGGUGCAACUGGCGCGGCUAGUUCCCUGGCGGGCUACGAAUGGCUUAGAGCAGCCACUGGCAUCGACUGUAUUCGCUUACCAAUUGGCAGCAAAUACGAUAGCAUGGGAAUUUUCGGCACAGACCUCUCAGAACUGUUCCACGACGCCGUGGCUAUUGUUCACAAGUCCCUAGCCAGCCCGGCAAUUUCCUUCCCCAGAACGAUAAUUUACGCAACAGACCUCUCGGGCGCAGAUGAAGAGAAGAACGACAAGUACGAACAGUUUCUGGCCGCAGUGGAGGCUUUCCUGGGAGUAAAGUCAAAGAGACUCAGUUUAGCACAGACUUGGGCUUCGAAAGCACCUGCAGAGGCCAAAGGUCAAGGGCUACAAGAAUACAUGAAAGACGCCCCGUUUCUCUCGUUUUGCUACGAGUUUUACCACCAGUACGACGAGUUCCGAAAGGACUACAAAGCAAAGUUUGGCAAAGACGCUGCUACAGAACCAACCGUCAAACACAGAUGGGACUGGGGCAGCAACGUUACGAAACAGGCGUACGACGAAUACCAAUCUCGUCUUCUCGUCUUCCGAAAAUGGUUCGAGAGCACCGUCAUGUCUACCAAUGACGGCGGCGACGCUAUUCUUGUCACCGCUUAUCCAAGCCAUGCUCCCUGCUAUGUUGUCCCCACCAUGUAUGUACUCUUCGAAUCAGGUUUGCUCGUAUCGCUGACAGUCCAAGUUGCCCAAUUCGAAUACCAAUCCAAGGUCAGUGGCCAGCCCGAAUACCACCCUGUAUACGGCGCCAUUCUCGGCCCCAAGGGCAGUGAUACGAUGCUUGUAAAACUUGUAGAAGCGGCGUUUCAGCAAGCACAGUGGCGAACGAGAGUUGAUAGAGGAAGGUAUGCGUUUCCGCCCGCACAGAACGCCAGAAACAUGGAUGACAGGCCCGUGAAGGGGCCACCCGGUUCUCUGGAGGCUGCGCAGCAGGACGUUGGGUUGCCGAGACGACAGCUCAACGGAGAAUCGAUACCGGUGUUCUUCACGGCGUACGAGGUUCCCAACACGAAUCCUCCCUUGAUUGGUGUCAGCGCAAGCAGCAAAGCGUUGGACAUACCCCAUACCUUGGGUCAAACGAGGGUGGUUGUAGCCGCCAACGAUUUCGACCCGAACACGGAACUAAACAACACAAUGUACAUGAUUCAAUGUUCUCGGAAUGAAGGAAUUCUAUUCGACACGCUGUCGUCGGGGUCCUUUUUCCAGGAAGCCGUUGGCCUGCUGCAACAAAACGGGCUCGCUGGCAUGUCCAACAUCAGAAUCAUCGCAAGCCACGAGCAUCAAGACCAUACAGGGGGCCUCUCCGCAGUUGACAGCGUGAACAACCUGCGCGGUUCGCAACUUGUCGCCCAGAAGAACAACAACGCAGUAGAGCAAGCGCAGGUCAGCGUCGGAGAAGAGCAAGCUUUGACCUGCGGCGACGCCACCAUCAACCUAUUCCACACUCAAGGUCAUACUACUGCAGGCGUAAUGGCGUGCACGGGCGAGUAUUGCUUGACUGGUGACGAGUGCGAGGAUAGCGUUCCCUUCAUUGCACGGGCCAAGACUCUCGACGACCAAGUUCGCGGGCUUGCAAAGUCGAUCCAGACGAUGCGGCAGCUCAACGUCACAAGGGCUCCGCAGGCUCAUGGCAACAUGCAAGCCGUCGCCAAUGGCAAUCUAGGUCUACGAGUCUGUGAAUCAAACUUGGUGUAUAAGCAGAAAAUGGUGGAUGAAUUUGCCACUCUGUGCCCUCGCGGUUCUGCCAUUUCGCCAAACGAACUGGCCGAGCAGAUUAACAGGGACGAGGCGGAUAUAACUGAGGAGUAUUAUGGUGUGCACAAGAGCAACUGCGACUCUGUUCGAAAAGCAAGGCGACGAACUUGA